UGUAUGAAUGAGACUCUUGAAGAACACACGAGUAGAUGCUGAACAGUCGUCCGGUGCCCCGCUCCAUCCAGAUCAGCAAAGGAAGAGAUUUGAAUUCGGGCUUUUCCGAGCAGGGAGUCGAUUGUGCACGAAGUUACGGAUUCCCCGCCGUAAACUUGUGGGAUUUCAACAGUACCCGCACCGAUAACAGUGAAGUCGAGAUGAAUUGCUCUCAGGGUCAGGUUGCAAACGGUCCGAAUGGGUUACUAGAACACGUUGGAAACCUAACGGAGUUAUCACACACAACCAGUAACUACGAGCGUGAUUGGAUCCGAUUGUUCGAACCAGUUGUGACAAAUGAUGACGAGGGCAGUGAUGAGUCUCGGAGCCAGCUAGAGAGAGAGAACACCACUGUUUCCCUGGACGAUCUGCGUAAACAUGCUGUGGAAGGAGAACUAAGAAAAUGCUGUUUUCGUAGCGUUUGUUGGCGUAUUUGCUUGGGACUUCUGCCUUUGGACACCGAAUUGUGGCAUCCAACAUUGCAAGAGCAACGUAAACAGUUUCGAAAAAUCAACGCUUGUGCCAACGAUGAUCCGCGUUUCACCAAUGCACUCGAUCACCCACUCGCUUUGGAACACUCAAGCCGGUGGAAACAUUUCUUCCGCAUGCGUGAAAUCCGACAACUAAUAGUGCAAGAUGUGGACAGAACAUUUCCAAAUAUUCACUACUUUCGUGAUCCUGAUGUUCAGCAAGCCAUGAUCAAUAUUCUCCAAUGUUACACCGAGGCAACCGGGUUCGAUUAUCAACAAGGAAUGCAUGAGAUACUGGCUCCAAUCUGUUUUGUCCUUCAUUGGGAUUCUAUUGCCUAUCAACGUGUGUGUGAACAAAAUCAGAUAUCUCUACCAUUACGAAAGCAUUUAGCCGCAGUCUUAGAUCAUCGUUUUAUGCAAGCCGAUGCAUUCACCAUCUUUCUGCGCGUGAUGACCACCAUUCAAAAAUGGUACACUUGCGAACAAAGCACCCCUGUCAGUAAUCCAUCAUCCCCAGUGGAUACGAUCUCAUCUCCUCUGUCCUCUUCCACUUGGAUAUCUACACCAAAGUUAAAUCCUGCAGUCGCAUUUCUAAACGAUUUGCAUAACCGUUUGUUGAAGAACCUUGAUCAGAAACUGUACUGUCAUUUGAAAGCUUUAGAUAUUCACCCGGCACUCUUUGGUCUCAGAUGGAUUCGUUUGUUAUUCGGACAUGAGUUCGAAUUGCAUGACCUUCUCUACGUCUGGGAUUGUAUAUUUGCAGUGGACAACAGUUUUGCUUUUGUACGUUAUGUGUAUGUGACCAUGUUGAAACAUCUGAGUCCGAUGUUAUUGUCCAGAGACUAUUCCGACUGUCUGUUUCUACUGAUGCGUUUCCCGAGUGAUGUGGACAUUACCCGAAUCAUUCAGAAUGCGCUAAACCUUUACAAUCCAACAAUGUUCCCACUUGCAGACUCAACUGACCCGGUCGGUGCAAUCUCACCCAAGUCCGAUUCAGACAUUUCCCAAAAGACCCUCACUGCCCAAACCACUCCUCGAAGAAAAGGCAAAUCCUUUGUGAGACGCUGGACAUUGUUGAAGGCACCCAACUUGGAGUCUAUGGCUGAGAAUUCGAGAAGUGCUACAAAUCUGAAUGCGGCCAACUGGACCAACAGUGAACCUGGAUGGCAUUCCGAACAGCCAACACCCAACAUAGGUAGCCGUCAGAUGAUUGAUCCUCCCCUUGUCCCCCGCGGGUCCAUUACCUCACUGUCCAAUACGACAACUGAUACUAAGCCGGAUCACAUCGAGCGCAUCUAUCGUCAGUGUGUACAGGCUUUGGAAUCAUGCAGUGCCCAUGUGGACGUGUUGUUAUGCCGGUCUCUGGAUGAAAUCAAUAACGCACGGGAAACAACAUAUUUGACCGACGGUUCUUUUGCUCCAGCUACUCAGUGUGAACGCCUUCAUCUGAUCAAAUUUGAACUUCGUCGUGCUCAGCAGAUGCUGGAUGCAAUCAUAUCCGAAGUGGGUAACGAUAUCCGUUCUCCUCUAGUUCAGCGUCGGAUAAUCCCAGGGGGAAGUUCUGGAAAUCUGGGACGUCCACACAAGACCGUUUCCCGUUUAGCGACGGAUCAAUCAGAUGCGGCUUCUUCCCUUGCUUCAGAUGUGGAUGGAAACCUACCAGGUCACAUUCAGCAUGGCCAGGAGAACGGUCUGGGGAUACCGCCAUCUGAUCAGCAUGGUUCAGAUGCUGUGAAAUGUAAAAACAUCGGGGCUCCGGGUUCAUUUGUUCGACUUCAAGUUUUGCGAAAUAAAAAAAAGGUUUCUCUUUCCUAG